AUGGAACCGACAUUAUGUUUUCGUUUAUGUGAAACACCAAUUAUUUAUAUACAAGACAAAAUAUGCCGAUGUUCAGGUGGUGGUCUUAUGGAUCAUAGUCGACAGAGAGAUAUAUAUUGUACAAUACCAUGUCCAGCGCCAGGUAAUCGUCAAGUUAAAACAACUAAUACAUGUGGUGCUAAAGAAACUUAUUCAGCUUAUGCUGAACAUCAAUUUUAUACUCGACAUGCUCAUUUAUUUGAGUAUCGGAUUCAAUUUACAUCCUGUCAAUUUUGGAAUACUUCUGGUUAUUAUGAUAUAUUGCAAGUUAAAAUUGAUGAAUCAUUUGUUAAAUCAUCAUUGACUAAAUUGGAACGAUGUGCAGCUGCAUGUUUUGAUCAAAAUGCGACAACAAAAUCAAUAGCUUUCAACAGUGAUAACAAUCAAUGUUUAUGCAUAAUGCCGCAAAAAUUAAAUGCAGAUUCUAAUCCGGCAGUUUAUUUAACAAUUUUACCAAAUAACAGUUGUAAUCGUUAUUGUGAUAAUACAUUGGGUGAUUCAAACAUCGAACAUCAAUUCAAAUGUGGUUCAUUGAACGAUUCACGUAUAUGGGCUAUAUAUGAAUUAACUGAUUUAUGUCCGGCUGGUUUUAUUUAUAUAAAAGAAUUAAAAGAAUGUAUGUUUACAUAUAAAGGACUUUGGGAUUCAUGCCCAUCGUCAUCGAUAAAGUAUGUGUAUGAUGGAAAUAUAACAUGGAAUAAUUUUCUCCAAAUUAUUGAAAAGUUAAACUUAACUAAAUCGAUUGUUUCAAUAGAUUUUGAUGAUGAUGUUACUAUUGAUCCUUCAUGGAAAUGUCCAACAACAACAACAACAAAUUCAAAUCCUUCUGAUACAAGAUAUUUCACUUCGAGUUUUUUUAAUACCAAGUAUUUAUUAGAUAAUGGCUGUUUACGUGUAGGUUCAUAUUUAUGGUCUUUAUAUACAAUAUCAUAUCGUUUGUGUAUAACAUAUUCAAUACGUAGAGAUUCACUAUUUGAUGACCUUGAAAGUUAUUCAACUUAUACGUCUCGUGUUAAUCAAAUGAUGUAUGAUUGUCCAAUGAAUUGGCUUGAUUUAAAUGAACAUUGUUAUCGAAUAUCGGAUGAACGUAAAACAAUACAAGAAGCAAGAAAUAGUUGUAUUGCUGUAUCCGAGACUGAACGAAGUAAAAAACAUGAGGAGAUUAUAGCACAUAUCAGUGAUAGUGAUGACGAUGAUGAUGAUAAGAAGAAGGAAAGAGAUAAUAAAUUCAAGGAUUAUAUCAGUGACUUACUUAAAGGCGAAAUCGUUCAAUAUACGUCACAAUGGCAAGGUCGUCUUGGCUUUUUCCUGCUUGAUACAAAUGUAUCAAGAAAUGAAUCUACAAAUCAAGAUAAUAAAAAUAUAUCAUCAUUAGAAUCCAAUCUUAAUAUUAAUCGUUCAUUUAUAAAUGAAUUUCAAUUGAUGGAUUUCAAUGAAAUUAAUAAUUCAACUAGAAAAAAUGACUCAUGUUUAGUUUUCACACGUUCAGUGAUUGACGAUAAAGGAAGUUCUAUUUUAAAAAACAUUCAAAUCAAUAAUUGUUCGAAACCAAGACAUGUUUUAUGUAAAACAAAGCCAAUAAUAAGUAGUCAUUCUGAAAAAGGUUGUUUUCAUAAACCAUUAACACUUGGUGUACCAGUCAUGAUAUCAAAUCAUUUAACAUAUGAAUUAUGUUUAUCUGUUUGUAAAGAAUUAGAAACAAAUUUAGCUGUUCUUCACGAAAAUAAAUGUUAUUGUUUCAAUGCUGCUUUUACAUGGCUAGCUGAAAUCACACGAAAUAAUUCAAAACAUAAAAGACAAGAUUGUGGAAAUCCUUGUCCGGGGAAUAAAUAUGAACGCUGUGGUAAUCAAAAUACAAUCGUUAUCUUUUAUAUCUCUGGUAAUCUAUUUUCAUCUAGAUUCGGCUUGCAAAAUAAAUUAGAUAAACCAAAUCCUGAUUUUGUUUUUGAUGAUUGUAUUAAUUUAAAUUCUGUGAAUCCAUCAACAAUGUACCAAUUCAAUUUCAAACGUACAAUUGAUGUUCAUCCGCGUCAUUGUUUAGAAUUAUGUACAAAUUAUCAACAAAAAUAUGCUCUUCUUAAUUCAAACAAAUGUUUAUGUACCAAUAUCUCACCGAAAAAGAAACAAUAUAAUCUCUUUGCACCUCUCGAUUUUAAUUGUACUCGAGAAUGUCCAGCUAAUUAUUUCUAUACAUGUGGAAAUACCAGUAAUUCAUCGAUAUAUUCAAUGUACGUAAUGGAACUAAACUGUCCUGUAGGUUUUAUGCUAGAUAAAGAUAAACGAAGAUGUGUGUAUACAGAUACUUUGAUAGAGAAAGAUUCUUUUGCAGAUGCACAAUCAUACUGUAAAUCAAUUGGUAGUAUGCUUGCAAAAAUGAACGAUAUUUUAGGAAUUCAAGAUGUUUUAUUCAGCUCAGUUUUCACUUUCUAUGGUAUCUUCAGCUAUUCAUCACAUUAUUAUUAUUCAAGUCCACUUGAUAAUAAAAAAUAUUUUUGGAUUGAUCGUACAUCCAAUAUCAUAAAUAACAAUGUAACAUUAGAACGUCCUAUUGGAAGAUGUUCUCAAACAUCAGAAUCAAUUGAUCAAAAUUGUAUUCUUCUUCGUUAUCAAAAAAUUCUAAUUGAUAAUACAACAAGUUAUGAACGGUGUUUUACUGAAUCAGAUGAAUGUUCAUCCAAGUCUGCUAUACCAGUUUGUGUUGAUAAAUAUUUAGAAUCUGAUUCAACGGUUAUUUCUUCAACUAAUGAUAACAAUUCGUCAAUUAUAUCAGUUAAUACAUCAAUAGAUUAUUCAUGUGGAAAUGAUAAAGAGUAUCAUCUUAUAGAUCAGUAUUGUUAUAAAGUAUACUUUCACGAGACGACUUGGCAGGAUGCAAAAACUGAAUGUGAACGUGAUAAUUCUAUGUUAUUCAUACCUGGAAAAAUGAUGACAUUGAAAAUGAUAAAAUUAUUAUUUUUACGUCGACGUAGUUACGCAUCAUCUGGUGUUGCACAUGUUGGUCUUAUUUAUAAUAAUCAAAAUCAUACUAUUAUACAAUAUAACAGGAAGUAUGAAAAUGUUUUAGGAAAUAUAUCAGAUCCUGAUUCUUUUUACUAUGAAUGCAAAAGGACAUUUCGUAUACGUUAUGAAAACGAAAAGAAUCAAUUAAAAUCUCAACAAACUGGGUGUGGAUAUGUUGAUUUUCGAUCUAACACAGAAUUAUCUAUUUCAUGUGAUGAAAUACCUUGUGAUCGGUUAGCAACUGUAAUAUGUCAAAAGUCGCCGAUUCGAAAAACACGUGCCAUUAUAGCAAAACGGUUAGUUGUUAAUACGAUACAUGUAGAGUAUAAUUAG